AUGCAGUUGAUUCCAGGAGUCUUCAACAUACCUACCACCCCUGAAGCAUGGAGCACCCUUGCCCAGCAGUUUGAACAGAGAUGGAAUAUCCCCCAUGCAAUUGGUGCCUUGGAUGGAAAGCACAUAGCCAUUACGAAGCCAGCAAACACAGGCAGUCUCUACCACAACUACAAGGGGUUCUUCUCUAUACCACUGCUGGCAUUGGUAGAUGCAGAGUACAAGUUCAUCUGGAUUGAGCUGGGAGGUAAAGGACACAUGUCUGACUCCCAGAUAUUCACAGACUCUGAGCUCUUCGAAUGCCUAGAAGAUGGGUCCAUAGGGCUGCCCCAACCAUGCCUUCUCCAUGGAGAAAAUCAGCCUGAUAUUCCCUACUUCUUGCUGGGUGACGAUGCUUUUGCCCUGAAGAGCUACAUGAUGAAGCCAUACAGUAGAAGAGGGAUGACAGAUGAACAGAGGAUCUCAAGGGGGAGAAGAGUGGUGGAGAAUGCCUUUGGCAUCAUGGCCAACAGGUUCCGGUGCCUGUUGGGAACACUGGAACAGAAGGUAGAUAAUGUCAGAGAUUUGGUGGAGACUGCUGUGGUGCUCCAUAACCUGCUGAGGAAGAGGGUGGCACUGGUAGCCAAUGCGGUGGACCACGAAGAUGAAGAGCACAACUUCGCACCAGGGGCAGCCUGGAGAGAUGGACCUCACUGGGAUGAUGUUCCGCAACCACCUGCAAGGGGGAACCUCGCCAAUGUGGAUGCCAGACAUGGUUUAGUGGAAGAGAAACAAAUGUUUUUUUUCUCAAGUGAAAUAUAUAUUUAA